CUGCUGUGGCUGAUUGCAAAGCAGGGGACCAAACCCGUUCAGUUAAAUAGAGCUUGCCCCAGUAACUGAAAAAAUAAGAACUACACAAUCUUUCACUCUCAUCAAUGGCCGACGAAAUCGUCCACGAUUUCUCCCCUAUGUUCAGAGUCUACAAAAAUGGAAGACUUGAGAGGCUUACUGGCGAAGAUGUCGUUCCCCCAUCUCUAGAUCCAGCCACCGGCGUCCAAUCCAAAGACGUCGAAAUCGCGCCAGAGAUCAACCUCUCCGCUCGGAUUUACCUCCCGCCCAACGCCGAUCCUACCAAAAAGCUCCCGCUUCUCGUCUACUACCACGGCGGCGGCUUCGUCAUCGAAUCCCCCUUCUCCCCGCUCUAUCAGAAGCACCUCAAUCAGUUAGUCGCCCAAGCUAACGUCGUCGCCGUCUCGGUUAAUUACCGAUUAGCCCCCGAAUUCCCGCUCCCGGCUGCUUUCGAGGAUUCAUGGCGCGCUCUCAAUUGGAGCGCGGAGGGAAAGGAGGAGUGGAUCAACGAAUUCGCAGACCUGAAGCGUGUGUAUUUAGGCGGGGACAGCGCCGGCGCGAAUAUAGCACACAACAUCACAGUCCGGGUCGGGUGGGAGAAUCCGGAGGGUUUCAAUUUGCAAGGGAUUUUCCUGAAUUGCCCCUACUUCGGGGGCGUGGAUCCGAUUGGGAGAGAAACGACGGACAAGGGUUGGAGGGUGUUUUGUGAGAAAUUGUGGCGAUUUGUUUGCCCGAGCUUGAGGGAUACCGAUGAGGGAUGGGUGAAUCCGGGUAAGGAUCCGAAGUUAUCGGGUUUGGGUUGUGGUAAAGUGCUGGUUUAUGUAGCAGAGAAGGAUUUUCUUAAGGAUAGAGGGUUGUAUUACAAUGAGGUGCUGAGCAAUUGUGGAUGGAAGGGUGAAAUCGAGUGUAUUGAUGUUGCAGGGGAAGAUCAUGUGUUCAGUGUGUUUGGUCCAGAUACUCAGGCUGGUAUCGAUAUGAUCAACAAAGUGGCUUCCUUUAUUAAUAACUAAAUUGUAUGUCAAGCUUCAAUAAUUAGCCCCAAUUAAUUGGUAUAAUUUGGCUGUGACUUGUGAUGCAACUUUGAUUGGCUUUUCUUCUAUUUGUUGUGUUUUGAGAGUUGUUUGCAUUUGAAACAUAGGAGUAAUAAAAUUUCAAUUAUGUGAUUUUA